AAUACAUCCAGAAUGGGUUAUGAGCAGCUAUUUGAGAAUUUCGAGAAUGUCAACGAGCCAAGAGAAUGCGAACUGAUUGGAAGUGUUCCAUCAUGGCUCAGCGGUACAAUGCUUCGAAAUGGACCCGGAAUGUUCAAGCUUGGCGGAACUGAAUACAAGCAUUGGUUCGAUGGAUUGGCUUACAUUCAGAGAUAUCACUUCUCUAAUGGCAAAAUGUUCUAUUCGGCUCGCUAUCUAGAAAGUGAGUCAUAA